GGUGAAAAGAACCUUGUUUACCAGUCCGGGAAGGAAAACGUUAUAAACCCUUUGUCUUGGAACUAAAGCAUCUCCUCUCGGCUGCUGUUGGUUGAUCCAGUGUACUGCCUGCCACUGCUGGUGACAUUACUGUCUUGGACUGAUUCAGCUGUUUCUACUCUUCCCUAUUGCUCUAAGAAUGUCUUGAUAAAGGACUGCAAAGAAAAUUCAUGUUUUAAAGCAUUUUCUGGUGGGUUCCUUUGAAUUCACAAUGAAAGCAUUUUAGCUUUGAGACUCCUUUGUGUUGGUGGAAAAAAAAUCACAUGACCACACUUUGAAGCAGAAAAACUGGAAGAUAGAAGAAAUUGGGUUCUUUUUUCCCCCUAUUUUCUUUUGCUGGAUCAGCUUUCUAGAUAGCAGCAGUAGCAAAUUCUACAUAUGCUAUCAGGCACAUACGAACUGCAGAGUGUUGUCGUUUGAGGGAAUUUUAAUUUUUUUAAAAAACCAAAUUUUGCUUCAGUCAGGGUGCGCUGUGAUCACUGUGAUCACGUUUCUCCUAAAUUGCUGAUUUGCAUUGAAUGUGUAGGAAUAUGCUCAUGAAGGAGUAUCGGAUCUGUAUGCCUUUGACAGUUGAAGAGUACAGAAUUGGACAGCUGUAUAUGAUCAGCAAGCACAGCCAUGAGCAGAGUGAUCGUGGAGAAGGUGUAGAAGUGGUGCAGAAUGAACCCUAUGAAGAUCCAAAUUAUGGCAAUGGUCAACUGACAGAAAAAAGAGUUUAUCUGAACAGCAAACUUCCAAGCUGGGCAAGAGCUGUUGUCCCCAAAAUAUUUUAUGUUACAGAGAAGGCGUGGAAUUACUACCCAUACACAAUUACAGAAUACACGUGUUCAUUUUUGCCCAAAUUCUCCAUUCACAUAGAGACAAAAUAUGAGGACAACAAAGGAAGCAAUGAUAAUAUAUUUGAUAAUGAAGCCAAAGAUCUUGACAGAGAAGUCUGCUUUAUUGAUAUUGCCUGUGAUGAAAUUCCUGAGCGUUAUUACAAAGAAUCAGAGGAUCCUAAACACUUCAAAUCAGAGAAGACUGGGAGAGGCCUAUUAAAAGAAGGCUGGAGGGACACUCAAGAACCCAUAAUGUGUUCCUACAAAUUAGUGUCAGUGAAAUUUGAAGUGUGGGGACUUCAAACUCGAGUAGAGCAGUUUGUUCACAAGGUGGUCAGAGAUAUAUUGCUGAUUGGUCACCGACAGGCUUUUGCAUGGGUGGAUGAGUGGUACGACAUGACUAUGGAUGAAGUUCGGGAGUUUGAACGAGCAACUCAGGAAGCUACCAACAAGAAAAUUGGGAUCUUCCCUCCUGCGAUAUCAAUCUCUGACAUCUCCCUCCCUUCUUCAAUCCGCAGUGCACCUUCUAGUGCUCCAUCUACACCUCUAUCCACAGAUGCACCUGAAUUCCUAGCAGUAUCCAAAGACCGGCCACGGAAAAAAUCUGCCCCAGAAACUCUCACACUGCCAGAUCCAGACAAAGAAGCUUUCUAAACCCAGCAUGUUUUCCUACAAGAUGCCAUGACCAACAUAACAGCAUUUGCAAAGUUCAUGGUAGUUGUUUUUUUUAAAAGAAAUUUUACUGAUCUGGAAAUAUGCCUCCCCCUCCGCCCCCGCUUGUCCCUUUGACUAGUUAGCUAAAUGCAUGCCAUAACAUAGUUCAUGUGCUCUGAUGCCCAAACUAAAGCUUAAGCCAUAUGACAGAUGUUGCUAUCAACACAAAAUGAAAUAGCUUGCAAAAACAAUCUCUUUGUAGCAAUGCAGAAAACAAAAGAGAUUCUCAUAUGUAGAGCAACAGUAUUUAUUACUGGAGAUGUUAUAGGAAUUUAAUCAAGAUUGCAAAGACAACUUGAGAGAAUGAGGUCCUUAUUUAGGGACAGCUUAAAAAGACAACAUUUCUCAUUCAAAGCCAUUAUAUCUCAUUAAAUCCUCUCAGGCCAAGUGCACCUUAAAGUAAACCUUUGAACUGAUAUUCACUGAUAAAAACUUGAAUACCAACAGUAAUUAUUCAGAUUCCUCUUCUACUGAAUACAACUCAGGAUUUGGGAUAUAGCUAAUGCACACUUCAAGCUUUCAAAAUUAAAGAACCAAUGUGCUCCAACUCUGGUUGUAAGUCAUUUUACCUAUUUUGAGACCCUUGAACUAUUUGUAUCUUGCACAAAAUUUUUAUUGUGUGCUGUUGUAUAGCUUUUCUGUGUUGGUAUUUGAGAGUCUUGUUGCAGGGAGAAAUAUUGGAUGACAGACAAUGAAAUAGCCUCCAUAUUAAUUCACAAUUCAGUGAGUGACUAAUUCAAGGCCUUAUAAUUCCGAUUAAAACCUGCUGAAAGUCCAUGCCAAACCCUGUUUCAUGUCAUUCAUUCUUUUUUCAGCAAGAUUCCAAACAAGCACCAAGCUAAUGGAGACUACAAAACAGGAGUGAGCAACCUUCCACCAGUGGUGGUUUCCCAUGGCACUGUGGUAAAUGAAGGUGUGUUAGCAAUCCUCCUCUGCCACAGUUGCUGCCGUUGUGCAACUCAAACCUGAGAAGUAGCCCAUCCUUUGUUGAUUCUGAUAAUGAUACAGAAGAAUGCUGAGCAGUUAAUCUGAAGCUUUUUACAAGAACAGCCAUGUUAAUUUGUUGUGAGGGGAAAUGUGACUUUUGGGGUACCUUCACUACCCAAGGCAUUUUGUUAUUAUAUUCAACUUUCCCUCUUGCUUCCUUCUCUCAUUUAUAGCAUGGAUAUUCCAUUUAUAGACUCCCUAUGCCCUCUUGUGUCAUUAUGUCCCCUACCUUUGCCAUAAAUUGAUGGUAGGGAAAAAGGUUAGGGUGAGAGAAGCCGAAAAGGCUUGCAGGACAUCUCCUCUGAGGCGACACUGGGGACAUGAUGGACCAAUUUCCCCUUCCACUUCAAACGACAAAAUUAACUGUCAGCCAAGAGGUUAGGGUAGCAUAUAGUCCAUAGUCUGCAUGACCACACUGUGGCGCGUUACAGAUGCACC